UUAUUGUUUAUUAAGCUAUCCCUCAUUACCGGAGUUGUCCAUUAACCUAGCUUGGUUAGCUAACCUAACGCAGUCUAUCUAGUUUAGCAUGUAAGAUAGCGUUAGCUAAUAAAGCAAAGACGUCUGAAUGCUAGUUACCUUACUAGUCUAACCUGUGAUACUUAACUAGUUACCUUAACUAGGCUGUUACAGCACUUGUUGAGGAUGGCGGCGUAUCCGAAAUCUCACAACCCGUUCGCCGACGACGACGAUGACGGCGACGCGGAAACCGAGGGGCCAAGAAAGGGUUUCAAUGUUGAUCCUGAAGAGGGCGCUAUGAGCCCCGCGGAGCGCCGGCAGAGGCAACUCGAAAAACAAGUGAUGCGCACCGCACAAUCAGCCGUGGACAGUAGCUUUCGGUCACUCGGGCUCAUCCACGAAUCGGAAAAAAUUGGAACCGAGACAGCAGAGGAGUUGGUACAUCAGGGUGAGGCUAUAGAGAGGACAAAAAGAAUGCUUGAUAAUAUGGAUCAAGACAUGAAGACUAGUCAAAAGCAUAUAAAUUCCAUUAAGAGUGUAUGGGGAGGCCUUGUUAAUUACUUCAGGGGCAAACCUGAGCCUAGCCCUCCACAAAAGGAACAGAGCACACCCUAUCAGGCAAAUAGCAGGUUACAGAAUGUGCUGGAAGAGAGCAAAGAGCAUGCGGGUAAAUACGAAGCUAGUCAUCCCAACUUGAGGAAACUAGACACAUCUGGGUUUGGAGUCUCUGCUUCCUUUGGUAAUGACUCAGAUCAGAACGGAUAUCCCAAGAAUAGAUACCUGAGAGCUGCACAUCAACAAAUGGACGAUAACUUAGAUGAGAUGUCUCUGGGCUUGAGUCGGCUGAAGAAUUUGGGUCUUGGGCUGCAAUCAGAGAUUGAUGACCAAGAUGUUUCACUGGAUUCCCUGACUGACAAAAUAGACUCUUUGGAUGGCAAGAUCAGUUCCACUAACCGCCAGAUCAAACACCUGAAAUGAUCUUAGUCUGCUUUCCGCUCCAGUGGCUGGCUGGGGGUGGUUUCAUUAGUGGUCAGUAAUUAUUCAUUAGUGAUCCCACCCUUCCUUUUUUCCUUCUCCUUUUCCAUAUCUCCAGUUACUUUUUCCAGUGGUAAAGUUAAUCUCGGCACAGGAAUGGGUACUUUACUUGUAAAGGCAGUUCAAGCAUUCUGACAUGCCAUUAUGCUGCACUCCCAAGUGGCUCCCCUAGCUUUUACGUUAGCCAGCUCAGAUCCAUCAUAUAAUUUAAAGUAUGGCCAUUUGAGUGAAAGGACCUGUAAAAAAGUCACUAACAAAGAAAGUUUGAAUGUUGUCCUUUCUUGGUUUAGCAGGUGAGGAUCCAGCCUUGGUUUUGCCUUAUUGAUAAAUUGUGAUGGAUCGCAUUCACUGUAUGAGCCACAUGAGUUAUUGGGGGUUGUUUUUUGGGCUCUGUCUUAUAUUGAAGGCACUGCAUCCAAACUCCUUUAGACCUUUAAUGCCUAUUAUAUACAUUCAGUCAAGUGACUGGCUGGUCUGAUGGGGAGGAAUCAAAGCCUCCAAUCAAGGCUUUGACCCAUUUAGAGGCCUUUUCUUUUUUAAAAGAAAUUUAGCAGGUAUCUUUUUUUUUAAUCUGAAAUGCAGAAUAUGAAGAAUGUCGAGUGUGGCAUGAUCCAAUGAAAGGAAAAAUCUGAAAAUAUGUGGAUAAGUUUGUGUUUGUAUCAAACUUAAGGGGUGUUGCUAUUAAUUCUGAAAUAGUACAUUUAAAAUACAAAUGUUCUUCCUUUGUGAGCCAAAAACUAGAUUUUGGUGGUGGAGUAGGUUUGAUUCCAUUAAUUACAGACAACAUAAAUGACCCAUUUAAAGUGGUUAAAUCUUAAUUUUUAUGAAGUGAAUGAGGGCAACAUGGCAUCAGCUCUUUUUCCUUCAGUCUAAACUUGACCCU